CGUCCCCGUAGACUGUGGAACGGAUUAUACUCGCAGAGAGAGAGGGAGGGAGAUGCAUAGGCACUGUCUUAGCACACACUGAAUACCCUGCCUCCAAUCCUCUACACUGCACCGUGCACUCACUCCGCUCUCUUUCCUCCAUCACAUACUACUGUGCAGACACAAACACACCACUGCCAUGUAGAAUCUCGGCCAGAAGGGGACACCAACCUGCCCGGGACCAGGAGCCAGAGAGAUGCUGACCUACACACGUGCCAGUAUCAUUUCUGGCUUGGAGCCCACAGAGCUGUCAGCCCCACAUACCCAGGGCCAAGAGGAGACAGGGGACAUGAACAGUACGGAGAACAUCAGGGAUAACGAGCAGAGACGGAAGUAGACUGCAGUCUCUGUCGAGAGAAGAGAAAGGAUUCCAUGAUCUCUGCAGGUGAUGCCGAGUUCCCACGAGAUUACCACACCCUGGCUGCCAGGGGCGGCCGUGGGGCACGGCGCUUCCAGGACAACAGCAAUGGGGGGUUCACGUCUUCCUCGCUGGACCGCCGGCACAACUCUGUGGCUGCUAAGAGCUUGGAGGCCCUGAACAGCAUGCACAAGGCGGACAUCGAACGGCAGCGAGACGCCCUGAUGGACCUCCAGAAGAACAAGUACACAAACAGUCCGGGCAGCUUGUCACAAGGCUCCGCUGCUGCUGGCCGACAGCAACAACCAAACUACUGGAGCUUCAAGAGCCGUACGCCCCGCGUGACCCGACUCAGCCCAACUCAGCCGGCUCUCGCAGACCAGGCCAGCAGGGUUUCUUUUGCCUCAGCUGAAAAUCUGGAGACCAUGUCCGAACCCGACAUCCCCAUCGGCUUCAACCGGAUGAACCGGCUUCGCCAGAGUCUUCCACUGGCCCGCUCGUCUAGCCAGGCCAAACUGCGGGCACCAGGAAUCCUUUUCCUCCAGCUCGGGGAGGAAAUUCGCAGGGUCCACCUGACCCAUGAGCUGACCAGCCUGGACACCCUGAGGGCCCUGAUUGUUCACAUGUUCCCCCAGAGGCUCACCAUGGCCAUGCUCAGGUCCCCCAGCACAGCUCUACUAAUCAAGGAUGAGACCCGUAACGUCUUUUAUGAGCUGGAGGACCCGCGGGAUGUCCAGGACCGCUGCGUAAUUAAAAUCUACUGCAAAGAGCCCAUCUACGGCACUUACCCCGGACACCACAAUCCCCACAUCGCCAACGGAGACUUGAGAAGGGAGAUGGUACAUGCGCCCCAGGACUCUCCAUCAAACCGUCGCCUCGGUAACCCCGCCAUGUCCUCCCAGCAUUCGUCAUCCUCUGCUUCACCUCCUCAAGGCUCGCCGUCCCGUGCCCGCCUGCUCUACAGCUCCGGGAGGCCUUCGUCCUACGCGGGGCCGCCCCACCACACCCACUCCCUGCCUCACCCACACUCCCAGUCCCACCACUCCUCCCCCCUCCAGCAGCCCCAGCUCCACCAGCCCCACCACACCCAGUCAGCCUUCUGUACCUCCUCCAGCGCCAUCCUGGAGCGCAGGGAUGUGAAGCCUGAUGAUGAGGUGGGCGGUUCCAGGAGCAUGGUGCUGCUGCGAGGAGAUGGAGGUGGGAUCUACGCAGACCCGUACGCUUUGGGCCCAGACACGAGUCGGCUGAGCCUUGCGGGAGGUCCUCACUCUCCUCUGCCUGCCCGAGCCGACCCCUACGCCUCCUUAUACCGCCGCGGGGGAGGACCAGGUCCAGGAUCAGUUCGAUCGCUCACCUCCUACUCUGCUGCAGCGUUACAGGGAGAGCUAAUGGAAAGCGGUGUUCUCUACAGGCCCGGGGGGCCACUGUACAACGACGCCUACACUGCUUCCAUGCUGGCAAUGGGUCUGAGGGUUCCACCACCCUCUUCUCCUCAGAAGAUACCCGAUAUGAGGGAUUCCUACGGGGGGACUAUGUCCACUCGUGGUUCUCCAGGGAGGCAGAGUUUAAGAAGGGACUCCGUCACCUCCUCUGUGUUUGGCGACAGCCCCAAAGUCCGGGUCCAGGGUCCAGGGUUGGGUCUGACAGCAGAGCAGCUCUGCCUGAUUGGUGGAGGUGAUGGAGGAGGCAGCACUGGAGGAUAUGGGUCACCACUGAUGGGGAAUGAGACUGAGACCAGGGAGCGAAUGGAGGCGAUGGAGAAGCAGAUAGCAAGCCUAACGGGGUUGCUGCAGAGAGUACUGACCAGAGCGCCUGAAGCUGAAAGUCCGGAGAAGCUCGAGUCGGCCAGUGACUGUUCAGGAAAUGACCCUGGACAAACAAAAAAAAAGAAAGCUCUGACACCAUCUGCUCCCCUGGCUCUGAUGCCACCUCCAUGUUCGGGGGCCAACCAGCCCGUAGCAGUGUCCCGUAUGCAGAUGCAGCUCCACCUCCAAGGCCUGCAGCAGAACACCAAUGCCCUGCGCAAGCAGCUGUCACAGCUGCGCAACAUGCAGCUGGAGAACCAGGACUCCGUUCUGUCUCUGCUGCGUCAGACUGAGUCCGAGCUGAGCCUCAUGAUGCUGGACGCCAUGCGACCCCAGGAGGACCCGCUCCAAAGACAGCGGCUCCUAGUGGAAGAGGAGCGGCUGAAGUACUUGAACCAGGAGGAGCUGCUCAUCCAGCAACUGCACGACCUGGAGAAAUCUGUUGAGGAGCUGCAGAGGACCUCGUCUGUCAACCACGGCCUGGUGACGGAGCAAGAGGUGGAGCAGAAGAGCAAAGAGCUGAGGAUGUUGGGAGAAACUCUCGCCGAACUCAAAAGCCAGUUCCCCAGCCUGCAGAGUAAGAUGCGAGUGGUGCUGAGGGUGGAGGUGGAGGCUGUUAAGUUCCUAAAAGAGGAGCCUCAACGCCUGGAAGCUCUACUGAAACGCUGCAACACCAUGACUGAUGCUCUCAGCACACUUCGCAGACAAGUCUCAGAAGGCUUGUGGAAGACCCCCGAAGACCUUUCCAGUCAAUCCCAGAAGAGAUCAGACGACCUGAGCCGCAGCUCUGACCUGGACAUCCUGAACAGUCCUCCUCUCAGCCUCAGUGACCUGAGCACCAGCGCCGGUCUGGCCAACUGGAUGCCCCUGUCCUCCUCUGCCAGCGAAGCCGACACCUCCGGUCCUGAGCAGGACGUCCAGUCCUCCAUGACCUUCAGAAACCGAGUCCUGGAUGAGCUGCCCAGUCGACGCCCUGCAGACAAAGCCGUGUCAGCCGAAGUCAGACUGGCGGCCGAGCGGGACUGGGAGGAGAAACGUGCCAGUUUGACCCAGUUCAGCGCCCAGGACAUCAAUCGCCUGCUGGAAGAAACCCAGGCGGAGCUGAUGAAGGCCAUCCCAGACUUGGACUUUGCUGCCAAGCACAUAAACAAACCGGCAGUGCCCCCCAAACCUCAGAUUACCCUCCCAAUAAGCUCCACCACAGCUACUUCUUCGGCUGCCGGGAGCACUGGGACCACAGCCACCACUACGUCCAGUGGGGAGCAGCAGCCUGGCAAGGUGCAGCUCGCUGCUCAGAAGCUCAACAGCAUGGAGGGUGGCGGCUCACAUCGAGGGUCUGUGGACCUCAGCAUAACCAGAUACAAAACAGAAAAACCGUCCAAGUCUCCUCCGCCACCUCCCCCUCGCCGAAGCUUCCCGUCGGCUCACGGCCUCACCACGAACCGGACCGGAGAGGUAAUCGUCACCAGCAAGAACCAGAAGAUCGAAGAAGAUGGCGACUUGCCAAAAACUCUGGUGAAGCUAAGAAGGACCCCCUCAGACACACCCCGGCCAGCCUCCACUCCACCUGUGAUCGCCGCCUCGGCCAUUCAGGACGAAGAUGACGAAGAGAAGAUCCUCGCUGAGCUAGAGAAUAGCAGUAACUCGCCAGGACCAAUGAAAGGUCCCACCGUCGCAGCCCGACUCAAACACCUUCAACAGGGCAGCCUGGAGAGACCAAAAACCCGCAAGCAGAAAGAGGAUUUCCCCAAAGUCCAGGGCCAGCAGCAGGUAUUCCACUUCUAACCCCUCUGACGCUCCGCCUGCCUCUCCUCUCUGCUGUCACUUCAGAGGAAGCUCCGCCUCUUUGUCCCAGAAGACUCUGUGAGGGAGCACAAACUGAUUUUCACCUCCUCCUCUUGUGUGUUUUAAUGUUUGGGGUGGCUGGAUUUGGACGAGCUUGUGGAAGCAUCAAGUUUUUGUCCAGUGUGUUAGAUUUUUUUUUUUUUUUUUUUCCACUGACUAACCUAAAUUCAGUCAGAAAAAUUCUGAUCGCUCAUCCUGUUAAAACUGCUGCCUUUAAAUAGCCAGAAGGAUACAGCUUAUUAUGCAGAAUGAUUCGAGUGAGGUUAUCCUACAUACGAGUUUAAUUCAUGCUGGAAAUGGAUUCAGAAGCAGCAGAAAGAGCAAAGCAGACAUGGAAAACAAAACGCACGUGGAGGCACAAAAAGAAUAUAACAUUUUAAAAAUAAUUCUGCAUAGGUAAUAUUAAAUAUUGUUUAAAAAAUUCAAAAGAUGAGCAUAAAUUGAAGUCCUUUCCAUAUUGUUUUUUGAGACUGACUUUACUGUUUAUUUUACUGGCUGGAAAUGCCUCAUUCAAUCAUUUUCCCCUAAAACAGUUUCCUGAAAAACAUCCUCAAUUUUGCUUAGGUCCAAGCAAAAAUUGUGCAGUUGUGAACUGAUUAUCAACAACAGUUAAACUGGACACUAUUAUGUGACUGUAGAAUUUAUGAAACAUUGGUCGGUAGUUCAAAUUUAAUUUCUGGGGGGGUUUUUCUACAAGAUUCAAACCUGCUGUUCACAGACGGUAUCACAAAUCAAGUAUCCAGGAGUCACAAAAAUAAUUCUGUAAUAAUAAAGCCCUACAGGAGAACAUAAAUAUAACUUACAGUCCUAUACUUAGUCAGAUCAUUUUAUCUCCAGGUGGGUCUCACUAAAUUAGAGAAAGUUAAUUUAUUUGAGUAAAAAACAAGCGGGGAUAGCUCAACAUAAACAGGUGCCAAGUCCUGCUGGGAAAUUAAAAUCUUUUCAGCGGAGGAACAAAUGAAGAGGUCUAAAUUUUCCGGUGAACAGCUGCACUUACACUGGACUCGAUAAAGCACAGUGGACCAUACGACCAGAUGAAAUGGCCCCCCGCAUGGCUGGGGAACCGCCACACUGGACUCCAGAUUGGAUUCAAAUAGAAUGAAAAUUUCAUUCAAGAAAAAGUAGCAGUCCAGUCCUUCCUGGACUUUGCUUCACAAUCGAUUUAUGCCGCAAUCUUCCUGUUGCUUGUGCACUUAUUUUCUACUGCAUUUCUUCCGUCUAAUAAACCUUCUGGCUAAUUAUGCAAAGUAAAUUUGCACAAAGUAAAUCUGUGCAACGAAUGUUGCAGACAAAAUUCUAAUUUGUUGAGACUCACACCGAAAACAUCAAAGUACAAAACCUGGAGCUAAGACACUGUGACUGAGGAAAUGGAAUCAUUUCCCUUCCUCAUGUUUGAAUUCGUGAACUGCCGUAAAACCUCCAGAAGAAAUUGAGUCCAGCCUGAGCAGAGUUGGUGAUAAACGCACAGCUUGUUUGAAAACGGAGGCUGGAAUAUUAUUGUCUCCAUGAAUGGAUGAAUCAUAUCUGCUCCUUCAGACCCAGCCAGCCGCUUUCGACGUGCUACGUUUCUGAGAGUACAAAGCACAUCCAGCUGGCCGCUUAACGCUAUUUCAGUUUUCAGUCUUUAUACAUUCAGAGGAUCUCUGCACAGAAAAGGUAUUCCUGAAACAUAAAAGCUCCGAUGUUUGUCGAGUAAAGAAAGUAAAGCCUCUGUACUGUUAAAUUAUGGCAUCAUAUUAAGAAGGCCAUUGCCAGUGGUUUGAAAUCUGUCCAUCCUAGCAACAAAUCAAAUAUAAUACUCCAACCACAGCUGUGGUGCUAAUGCAACACUUAGCACCACUACAGUACAUUCCUGUACUGUAGUCUGUACAAUCGGAAUAUUAUAAUAUUACAGAAGCACUUUGGUACUGAUAAGAAAAGAUUCAAUUUGUUUGUCUUGUUCGUCAUAUUCAAGCAAGUUCAGGUCAAAUACAGAGAAACCACAGAAAAAAAGCUUUUUUCUUUAAUUGGAAUCUAGAAUGAAUCAAAUUUGUUUUAAAAACAAAGGAAUCAGAUUUUGAUGCUGUACAAAAUAUUUUUCUGCCUUCAGAUAAAAACAAAGUCUCAAAAGCAACACUUAAGAGUCACAACCUUUCAAAAUGUGCAGACGCACAAAGCAAACUACAUGUCGUCGCUUGAGAUAAAACUGGAAACAUGUAUGUAAAAGAAACUAAAAUAUUUUAUGUUGGAUGAAGUGGAGUUUAACCCUGUCAUACAUAACAUGUAUAUUAAAUGCAUUCAUUUAUAGAUUUUAAAAUCUAAUGCAAGUAAUUCUUACAAUAAAAUUAAAUACAUUUACCUUUAAUAGAAACUUUAAAAAAAAAAAAUAUAUAUAUAUAUAUAUAUAAAUGUUCUCAAAAUAAGUUUUAAGUAUGUGCAUCAGUUUUACCUCCUGUCUGUUUUGGAGACACAAUAAUGCUUUUGUGCCCCGUUAGAACUGGCUGAAGUAAGUUUUCUUGUCCUGUUUUAGUAUGUUUGAUGGGGGAAAACAAUGCUCUUCUGUGUCAAACAGUACAUUUUAAAGUUUCACAUUUCCUCAAGGUUCUAACAUUAAGAGUGGACCAGACGGACGAUGUAACAAUUCUACACUGCUGCUGACUUUAACUCAACUUUAAUUUGAUGCUCGACUCAGGUUUAUGCUCUAAAUGAGGAAAAGUUGCUCAGUGCCUUCCAAAAGUAUUCUUACCCUUUGUAGUUCCUCACAUUUUGUCUCCUGUCAUUCAAAUACACAAGCUUCAGCGUAAUUUAUUUGGAUUUUAAGUGAAGUAGUAAACUUCACUUUCAAGUAGGUGCAAACUGAAACGUAAAGGACAAAUGCAUUGAUGUGGUGGGAAUUUGUAUCCACUCCCGUUUAAUCGGAAACCCAUAAAUGAAAUGCAAUGCAACCAGUUUCCUUGAGUGUGUAGCUUAAUGUAGGUGCAAAACCAAAUGUUGUGUGAAGAUUUUAAAGGUUAUUGAAAAAGUUUACUGGACCAGCAGCAUCAUGAAGAACACUGAACACAGAUGGGUCAGAGUUGGAUUGGAAAACAAGAUCCCAAACUUUGAACAUUCCACGAGUUUCUCUUCAAUCCAUCAUCUGAAAAUGGAAAAAAAAAAGUAUUGCACAACUUCAAACCUACCAAUAUUCAGCCUUCCACCUAAACUAAUUAGUCAAGUUUGACCUUUCAGGAAAAAAAGCAAAAAGAAAGUAAUUAUUGAAAAAAAGUCUGAUUUGCAGUUUGCUUCAAACUCAGAAAAUACAUAGAAGAAGAUUCUUUGGUCGCUUUCCAUUAAACCUGCAAUCCUGAAUAAUCAAUCGGAGCCACAACUGAAUUGCUUAGAUCUAAUAUUAUACAUGUGUCAGAGAAGCAGAGUUAAAUCUCAGCCCUAAAUCUCAUUGAAAAUUUCAAAAUGUAUGUUCAGACACUCUAUUCAGUCUGAGAUAUUUUGUAAAGAAGAAAAAACUAGAUGUCCAAAGCUGCUAUAGGCAGACUCAAGGAGUGCUCAUUUACAUCCCUGUUCUCAGCAAUGUGCAGCUUUCUCUUGGUCCUUUACAUAAAAUCCCAAUAAACUACAUCAAAGUUUGUUGCAAUGUCACAAAAUGUGAAGAAAUUCCAGAAAAUUUGUUUGUAAGCCUCUGUACCUUGGCCAGGUUCACCCAACGGCUUUGUGCCAGGUUGCUUUCCUGCAUCAUUUCUGUUGCUCCAAGCAUCUCCAACAUUAGUCUCCCUGAACGUAACUUGUUUUCCUGCGAAGGUUCUCGGUUCGCUGAACAUUUGGAUGGACAAACUGUCUGCAGACUCCCGGAUGUCUGAUGGGAGGGAAACUGUCUGUCCUGCUCAUUUUUCCGAGCCGUUCAUCAGCAGUGGCAGCAGAGGGGAGCAGGGGACGGCCGGCUUUUUGUUGGUUUUUUUUUCCACUUGGUUGAUGAAUUUGGCUUGGAGAGAAGCUGUGGAGUCUCCUGCUGCUGCUUCUGCUUCCGGGCGGUUUGACGAUGGGGUCAUAAACUCAAACGUUUUUGACUCUUAUUCAGAGCUAUGGGCUCCUCACAUUCCUCCUUCUACGCUCCCCUUCUCCUGUCUCUUGCCCUUAAGUCUCUUUCUAUUCAUCUCUUCUUUCCUAAAUUCCUCAGUCUCUUAUUUCAUUCUUCCUCUCUCUUUUUCCUUCCUCUACGUUUACUCUUCAUCUCCUUUAUUCUUUACUUUCUCUUCUUUCCUAACGUCAUCCUUUCAAUCUCCAAUCCUUUCCUAUGCAGCCUUAAUUUCCUUGCAUCCUGCCUUUUGUUCCUGUCCUCCUUCCACUUCCUCCUCUUAUGCUGCGUCACUCGGAGGAGGAAGGGGAACAGAAUAAGGACAGAUUUUUCUGUCCUGCAGCUCUGACAGCAGCUCUGCUUCAGCUCAGCGACAGCCGCGCAGACGAGGACCGUCACGCCGAUGCACCAAAACCUGACGUUCCCAUCGGCCAAUCAGAUCGAAUCGCAGAGCAGCGCUAGUGCAGGGAUGAAAGGUUUAAGGGAUUUAACAAAAACUUGAUGUGUCUGUUAGUAAAUUUUGAUUUUUAUGUUUUCUCCCCUUUCACCGCUUCAWGUCUCCAUUAAAUUUUUUCCCUUUUUUGCUCUGAAACUUCCCCUCCUCCCUCUGCUUGCUUUUUGGGGCAGUCCUGAGCUUCUGCUGCUCACCGAUCCGGCCGAUCAUCAUCAUUUCUGCCGACGUUUCCCUUCACUGCUUUUUUCUGACAUCCUUUUUUAGUCCGUCAGCCAGCCUCUUUUUUUUUUUUCUCUUCUCCUCUUCGUCACUUGCUUUGCCUUUUGUCAUCCUGUCUGCUUCUCAGGUCUCUCAGGUCUCAUCUGGACUAAUUACGUGAGGACUGAGUACUCGGAUCAUUCCACUUUUGGACCUCUAAAUCCUAAUUCACACCUCGAAGGUGACUGUUGGUUAAUAUGUCACAGUUUGGAGGCAAACAGGAGCUCCUGUUGUCUGCUGAGAAAUUAAUGUGACUAUGCCGAUUCAUGUGUAAAAUUUGGAAAGUGACUGCAGCAGUUCUGGGCCUGCAACAUGAAGCAGUUUAACACAUCUAAUGUGUAAAUCCAUCUACCAUCAUAACUAACAACCUAACACCAGAUCUAUGUCCCAGUUUUACUCUUAAUUGAGGAUUGGCGGAAUCUCCGUAUAUGUAAUAAUUUUUUUUUUUUUUUUGUACAAACGCACAAGUAAAAGCUGUAUGAGAUGUAAACAAAGGGUGCUGAAUUAGUGUUUCACUUCAUAUUACAGGUGAAUUUCAGUAAAUACGAAUAUCAUUGAAAAGUACUCACAUUUCAGUCGUUCACUUCAAGAAAUCAAUAGAAAUGAACUUGAAACAGAAAACUGAUUAACAAAUUUCUGUUGUUUGAGAUUGUUUUGAAUUAAAUGACUAAAAAGUAAAUUUUUCUUGAUCUUCUAAUUUGCUGAAAUUUACUUGCAUUUUGCCAAAUCUUGCAUUAUUAAGAUCUGAAAGUAUUAACUGGACUCGUCAAACAUAAAAGUAUUUAAAUGUGUCUAUUGCUUCAUCUCUGACAAUUCAUAAAGCUGCUUUAAAACGGUCCAGUCCAGCAGUGUUGAAUAACAACCACAAUGGGUUGAACUUGCUUGAAUUUCAUUUUCUGGCAGCUACACAUAAGCGGAUGUUUUAAUAUCAAUGAAUAGACGGGUGACAUUAAUGAGUAAAUACUACGUCUCAGAACAUCUAUGUCCAAGUUUAGUUCAGAGUAAAACUGGAUAACCAUUCAGAAACCCAACUGAAUUCAGAGCUAGUUCAUGUUGGGCCUGAUCACUUUCUCUGCUACCUGAAUUCAGUCGUCUUAUUUAGGUUUGGUCCUCUUGAGCAUAUUUUGGUCAGGUAAAAUGCAUUUUAUUAUGGCCAAAUUAAAACCUCACAGAUAUUUCUGUAGAUCUACACUACUUCUACUUAACCGCUUAGGCCACUUCAAUCAUCCCCUGAUUAUAAUUUAUUCAAUUCAGUUUAAUGCUGUUGAAAAGUAUUUGCAUCUUUGACUGUUUCUUCGCUUUUUGUCACACACAAAUGUUUCAGAUGAUGAAACAAAAUUUAAUAUGACAGACGACCAGGUUUUUUAAAAUUUAUUUAUUUAAUAAACUGUUCACUGGCAAUUUUUCAUUGAUAAGGUUCAAACCAACCUGGCCCAAGGCAAUAGGAUAUUUGCCACCUAAACCUGAUGGGUGAUCCAGUCACACUUGGUGACAACAAUGAUAUCCACCAGUGAGAAUUAUUGUGGUGCACUUUUUUUUGCACAAUUGAUUUAAUUUCACUACAUUGAAGGGUUUGCAAGCUUUGAUAGUGCAUUUAAGUUUUUGAGAAAGCAUUUUUAUUGGAUUUAAAUUUUGCCUUAAAUCAAAGAUUUGAUGUGAGAUGGACCAUUUGUGGUAUUUAUUGGCUAGGGUAGAUGGUUUCCUUUGAAAUUUCCCAUGCAUGCCAUAUUUUUUCUUAUUGUUCAGUCAUGAACACUGACCUUACCUGAGGCAAGUAAGAGCUUCAGAUGUUGUUCUGGGUUGUUUUGUGAUGUCCUUGUUGAGUCGAUGCUCACCGACCACUCUUGGGGAAAGUUCUCCCCAUUGCUAUUCUUUCUCCACUUGUAGAUGAUGGCUCCAGUCCAAAAACAGCUUUAGAAAUGGAAAUAUGCAGCCUUGUCCAAACUGAUAGAUGUCAGAUUUUGUUGCUCAUCUUUUCAAGGCCGUUUUCUUUUUAAGAUCUUUUAAGCCUACUUGCUGUCAGAUGGGUUCUAAGCAUUUCUGUCCUGGUCUGGUAGUGAUCAGGCCUGGGCGUGGCUGGUGAAAUUGAAUGGAAAAAUGUGAGCAAUCCCAGUAAAUUUACAGUUCAGCAAAAUAAGGAAUUAUAAUUUCACAUAGGUUGGUGUAGACAGCGUUUUUCUCUUUAAAAAGUGAUAUAAUUAAGCUUCUUUGUAAUUAGACUUUAUCCGUCUGAUUUAAAAAAAUAAAAAUAAAACAAAGAUUUCUAGAAUUAAAGUGUUAAAAACAAAGUUGGAAAAAAAAAUAUUAGGUCAAAAAGCACUUCAAAGCACAGCCCCUCCAGAAGAUGAACGAGUCCUCUCCAUUUACUGAAAUAAAUUUAAGCAUCUUUGCUAUAAAACUCUCCAGUUGCAAAGUUUGAAGGGGCCUGUAUGUUUAUUCAGCCAUAUUUCUGCAGCUCCACAGACACCUUAGUUUGAACGAUUAAGACAUGUGCCUUCACUUUGCGAUUUUAUUUACAAUUAGCGCUUCCCUGAAAUAAGAACAGCUGAAACAUCCUGCCUACGUGAUGUACAAAGCAGAAAACUAGAUCAUGCCCAGUAGAGCAAACAUUUAACAUUUCCAAAUGAAACUGUUUGUCUAAAAGUCUUCAGUUUACAGCAGCUGUUCACUCCCAUGUCACCAGAGAGCAUCACUCAAAAGUUAUUUAAUUGGACAUUCAUGGUAAUACAUGAUAUUAAGGGUGAAACUGGGACACAGGCAUGUUGACAUGUUAGCCUUCAGUUUGUUUUCUUGUAAUUUGGACUGAAACUGAAACAUGGCAUGUUGAGCUAAAAGGCUGUUGGAUUAAAAUGAAACCAAACCAGUGUUUCUGAAAGGAUCGGUGCUUAUACGCGAGGGAAACUACAUUAAGUGUUUAUAGCCAACUUGUUUAUGAAAUGUAGGAGCGGAUUAGCUAAUCCAGAUUUAGAAAAGCUUAAAUCUGACCAGAAACACUUCAGAUGUGUGUGUAUAUUAGUAUAAAACCAUUUAGUUUUUGUUUUAGAGAGAACAUGUAAAAAAAGAAAAGAAAAAAAUGUCAUCUAUGUUUUAUAUAAUCAAACUUUUUUUGUAUUUUUAUACUUGAAGAGGAUUCAUAAGCAUGGAACACAUUUAUUCUGUAAAUUCUUUAUUUUUCUGCGUUAAAAGAUUUUAUUUUUUCUGCGAACCAUGAAACCAUAAUCACAUGUUGCCGUAGAGACCAGAAAACACUCCUAAUGCGAAUUGUAAAAUAGUGCCACCACAUUUAUUUAAAAAAAAGCACAUAAAACAAUCCCGUCACUGAUGAGACAUCCCGUUUGUAGCCGUUUUAUUCUAUUCUAACCAACAGUGUGUCGGAUUAUACAGAUUCAACUGUUUAUCGAUGGUUUCUUGGUGAAAGUGUGAUUGUUCAACCAUUUGUGGAUGUUCAGAUCAUGUAUAUAAACCCAAAUAAUAUAUUACAAAUUGAUUUUAUGUGAUUUUUAUAUAUAUAAAUAUAGAGGGGGGGGAAAUACUCCAAAAUGGCAUGCAUACUGUAAACAUUCCUGGAAAAUCUGCACGCCGGCUGAACUGACGUCUCAUUUUAAUUCUGUGUAUACCUGUGAGUGUACCAUAGAGUAAAGAAAACUGUACAGCGACAUAUAGAUUUUUGUAUUCUGUUAAAAGCCCRUCAGAAUAACUGUCAGAAUAAAUAAGAAAAAUAAAAAAUCAAUUAUCACACUUAUGAAGAAAGAUAUCUAAAAGAUAUUUAUCAACUAAAUGCUGUUCCUUCAGUUUGAAAGUGAUGCUUGCUGUGUGGGGUAAGUGUUUGUGAACUGUGAAGAAGAAUGAUAAACUACUACAAAGUCAGUAUACUGUAAGUACAAACCAACUAACUAAUCCGUUCAGAACAAAGCACAAAUCUGUGAAUGGAAAAAAAACAGAAAAAAAAACAUUGCUGCUUCAUGUGAGAAAAUCCAACAAACGGGUUGCUGCUUUUUGUACGUUCCUGUUGUGUUUUUGUGACAAUAAAGGUGACCCUCUGAUACACAA